AUGAAUUCCAAACUACUUACCAUGGACGAAAUUGAAAGAGAUUUUAUGGUUUCAAGGAAAACUGGGUUCUUGAUUGACUGUUCCAAACUUUGUGAAGACGCGUUGAUGCUUCCAAAAGAAAAAUGCAAGUUAUUGAAACUUCAUACAGUGCUAUCGUUCAUAACAGCUGGAUAUGUGUGGCAGGAUGGAGGUCAAUGUGCAGCACAGCGACUUCCCAGCUGCUUAGCUGUUCCGCUGGUGAAGGUAUCAGAUGCUUUAGGGAUGAAACCAGUCAUAUCCUACCCUAGUAUGAUGUUAUCAAAUUGGAGAAUACUAAACGUGGAUGAGGAAUUUGAGGUCAGAAAUCUAGUGCCAAUUUACACAACUCCCGGUGGAUCAGGAGCUGACGUGUUCAUUCUCACACACGUAGUGGUGGAGCACAGGUUUGGUCCAGCUAUCAAGUCAAUAAUAGAAGCCAUUGGCUAUACCCACCAAAGAGGUACACACCACGAUCAACUACUGAUACAGACGUUGAGUGUUAUUCCACAGGUUAUGAACAAAAUGGUGGUCAUUUUCCAAAAUAUAAAAGACGGUUUGGCGCCGAACUUUUACUAUGACCGUCUACGGAUAUUCUAUAGCGGGUGGGGACUGGGUAAUACCUCGCUACCAAACGGACUUAUCUAUGAGGGAGUACAGGAUUCCCCUUUAAUGAUGAGAGGCGGAAGUGCCGCGCAAAGCUGUACACUGCAAAUGUUGGACGCAGCGUUUGGUAUCGUGCAUAGUGAAGAUGAACAGAAAUACUUGGACGAGGUGAGAGGAUAUAUGCUACAAGAACAUCGAGAUCUGUACGACUACAUAAAAGACCGAAGCAGAAUAAGAGAAUAUGUGGAAAGUAGCUUCAAUGAAUCUGUGAAGGAAUCGUACAACGCAUGUAUCAUGGCCAUACAGGGAUUUAGACGGCACCAUAUAACGAAGGCGUAUGAGUACAUUACGCAGCCGGCUAAGAGACCAGACAGAAACAACUGUGUUGAAUUUAUUCGUGAUAAAGGCACAGGAGGGGCAGGAUAUAUCAAGUUUCUGAACAGGAUCAGACGGAACACCGCUUUAUCCAAACUGCCUUCGGAACAUAUCGCCACCACUAAAAAUCCUGCUACGAAAGAAUCAGUUCUUAACCAACGUGACCAAAAUUAACAAUUUUAAUUACAUUCUAAAAAGAGUGAGUCUGUUGGAAAAAUACUUGUAACUGGAGAGUUGAAAAAAACUCUUCAGAAGGAUGACACAAUGCAUAUACAAGUCGUUGUUUAAUGCAUGUUUGGUUUCUGGCAGUUUGUGGCUUAAUAAGUAUUUGUCCCUAAGAUUUUUUAUGAAGGCCAUUUAAACAAAGUUAAAUCAGUAUAUCAGUUAAUGUAGUAUUGAAUAUCAUCGUGUCAACUUAUUCGCCAGAAUACUUUGAUCCUCAUUUCCCUCUCAUUUUGUCUUUCAAGCUUCUCCGUGAAGGAUACCUAUCCUUUCUCAACCUAUAAUGACACUUAGCAACAACUUGCAACCAGAAUUAUUUUAAUUCGGUAACUUGUUAUUUAGUUAUUAGCCUUGAACAGAUUCUAUAAGUUAAAUUCAGAAGGUGAUUCGGAAGAAUCGUUCUUAACUACGUGAUUAUUUAUUCACUUACCUGUGAAAGUCUAUCUUUUCAAAUAGUGUGUAAACAUCGAAGGCUAUUUUUGUUCCCCCAUGUUUUUUUGUGUCGAAAUAACGUAUCGUAUAUUAUUUACUGGUUAACUGUUUGUUUCGUGGUUUUUCUCAUGGCGGAAAUGAAAUGUAAAUCAAAUGUAAAGUGGUGAAAUAUGGCGAUAUAAGUAUUCUCAUUAAUUGGAAAUAUAAUUAUUGUUUUUGAACUUAUCAUACAUUAAAAUAUAGCAAGAACAAUAUACUGCGUUUACGGACCAUAACUUCGUAUAAAGCCAAUUAUUGAUAUAUUUGGCAAGAGUAUUACUUUUCUACAUGUGUAUACCAAACUCUAACUGUAUAUGUUAAUUAGAACGAAAUUAAU